CAUACUUACAGUACUUCCCUGCCCCUCCUCCAGCCCUAAGCCCUACCUUCCCAAUGCGGCAAUGAGGCUGGGGAUUGCGUCGCAGAUCGCAACUCCGACUCCGAGCACGCGCAGCCUCUAGAACCUCCGGAUCUCUUACAGGCUUGUUUUCCCAUGAUUGCCUCGGCUCGACUAUCUCGGUCGCAUCGGUCUUGAUCUUGCGACCAUGUAUCACCUGGCCAAGUCGCUGUAUACGUACGCGACCAGCAAAGAAGAGUACUCUGUCCUCCUCCUCGGGCUCGAUAACGCCGGCAAAACCACUCUCCUCUCCCAAAUCAAAGCCCUCUACCAACCCCGCCCCGAUGGUUCUCCCGCGCCGAACCCGGGCAAGACCGUCCCCACCGUCGGCCAGAAUGUCGCGACCAUCUCCUUAUCAGAUAUGAACCUGAAGAUCUGGGACGUAGGCGGCCAAAUCUCCAUGCGCGGUCUCUGGCAAAGCUACUACUCGAGUUGCCACGCGAUCAUCUUCGUGGUCGACAGCGCCGAUGUAGGCCAAGAUCCAGAUAUCACCCGGCUUCCAUCUGCCUCCAGUCGACGCCCGAGCUCCGUAUCAGGGCCGACGCGAGGGAGUAUCGGUACGAGCGACCAAUUUUCUGAGCAUACAGUCGGUAUCAACGCGCCCGGAAGCGAUUUCGGACGAUUGGACGAGUGUCGACAAGUCUUAGAGUCGGUGCUGCAGAGUGCCGACGUGGCGGGUGUUCCGAUCCUCGUUCUGGCCAACAAGCAGGACCGUGAAGAUUGUGUCGAAGUCGUUCGCAUCAAAGAGGGGUUUGUGCGGAAGGUAUUCGAAGGAGAGACGGGGAGCGGCGUCCGAGACAGCCGCGUGCUGCCGGUCAGCGCGCUGCUUGGAUCAGGCGUGCAGGCUGCCGUCGAGUGGGUGCAGAGUCGUGUCCGAUGGAAUAAGGAGGGCCGGCCACCGGUGAUGCGGUAAUAUACUAGGAUAAUGGAAUGGGGCGUGAGUGUGGGUGUAGUUGUAGUGGCAGAGCUACAACUGGGCGAAACUCUCUGUACAGGAACAUACACUCGAUUGCAUCAUGGCGUUACUUAAUGAUAUUCCCAUCUACCUUUGUUUUUCAUAGAUAUACCAAUUGAUUCUGUUCGCCC